AUGCCUAGUGCUAAUGCGCAGCGGGCUCUUAUUCAUAGCGUUUACAGGAAAGCUGGUCUUGAUCCAGAGUCCGUAGAGGACCGACCGCAGUACAUCGAAGCUCACGGUACCGGAACACCAGCGGGAGAUCCUAUUGAGGCUGAAGCACUCAGUACCGCAUUCUUUGGCGCCACCGCACAUUCGGACAGCCCCAUCUAUACAGGGUCCAUUAAGACUGUCCUGGGACAUACGGAAGGCUCAGCCGGUAUUGCAGCUCUUCUGAAAGUCACCAAGGCCAUUCAGAAUGCCACAAUACCUCCGAAUCUUUGGUUCCAAGAACUGAACCCCAAAUUGGAAGCAUUCUAUGGGAAUGUCCAGAUUCCCACCCAGGCUAUUGCGUGGCCAGCUAUGUCGGAGGGGAAACCUAAGCGCGCCAGCGUCAACAACUUUGGUUUCGGAGGGACAAAUGCUCACGUCAUUGUGGAAAGCUACGAGACCGAGCCAAGGGAGGAAGCUGAACCUUCUGUUACUGAUGAAACUACUGAUAUGGUAUCAACACCAUUUGUUUUCUCGGCUGCAUCAACAGAAUCUCUUCGCGCAAACCUUGCUGCAUACGCCCUCUACCUCGACACGCACCCAAACAUCAGUGUACGUGACCUUGCCUACACUUUACGCGAGCGACGAUCGGUGCUUCCAUUUCGCAUUGCCUUCCCAGAAACAAAUGUAAAAGACUUGAAGCUUAGCAUCGCAGCCCGUCUGGCUGAGUCUCAUGGCGAAAGCCUCGGUGUACGCACAUGGGCAGCAGGCAACGGAGGACGCUCGAGGAUCUUCGGAAUCUUCACCGGACAAGGAGCCCAAUACGCUCGUAUGGGUGCGGAAUUGUUUACCCAGACAGCGCUGGCACGUCAAACACUGCAAAAGCUGGAGGCCUAUCUUUCUGAACUUCCGGAAGAGGAUCGCCCAAGCUGGUCGCUCAAGAAUGAGCUCCUCGCUGAUUCAUCAGUCUCUCGAGUGGGUGAAGCAGCCAUCUCGCAGCCCCUCUGCACCGCAGUCCAGAUUAUCUUGGUAGAUAUCCUUCGGUCGGCCAACGUACAUUUUGACACCGUUGUCGGUCACUCCAGCGGUGAGAUUGCAGCUGCAUACGCUGCCGGAUAUCUUAGUGCUCGCGAUGCCCUUUUUGUUGCUUACUACAGGGGGCUCCAUUGCAAGCUCGCCGCCAGUCCGAAUGGAAACGUGAAGGGUGCUAUGCUUGCUGCAGGUACUUCACUGGAGGAUGCCACCGAGCUCUGCGAGGAAGAGGAGUUCGCGGGUCGUAUAAGUGUCGCGGCUAGCAAUUCGUCUUCAAGUGUCACUAUAUCUGGAGACGAGGAUGCUAUUAAUGAGCUUGCGGCUGUUCUGGACGACGAGAAGAAGUUCAACCGCCGACUCAAAGUGGACACGGCAUAUCAUUCAAGCCACAUGCUUCCAUGUUUUGACCCUUACGUUGCUUCUCUCCGAAGAGUUGGCAUCACGGUGCUGCCUGGAGAUGAACAAUGCACUUGGAUCUCCAGUGUUUACGAGGGCAGGCCAAUCAACGUUUCAACUGAUGAACUGGCUGAUCUUUACUGGGCGCAGAACAUGACCAAGCCUGUUCUGUUCUCACAGGCCGUUCAAACUGCCGUUGCACUUGUCCGAGGUAGCGAGCCUCACGCAGUGGUACUGGAAGUUGGCCCACACGCUGCUCUCGCUGGGCCAGCCAAGCAAAACAUUCAAGAGGCCCUCCAAAAGGACCUCCCGUACCAUGGAACUCUUGUGCGAGGUGAAAAUGCGAUGACCGCAUUCGCAACAUGCCUUGGGUUUCUGUGGACGCGCCUUGACACCACAUCGAUAGACCUCGGAAGUUGUGAGGCGGCACUAUGCGGCGGUGGUCAGCAAUUCACCGUUCUUGCCGACUUGCCAAGCUACCAAUGGAAACAUGAGGCUGUCUACUGGGCGGAAUCGAGAAGGUCACAUCGCAUGCGACUACGUGAUGGGCCUUAUCAUCAGCUGCUCGGUAAUGUGUCCCCAGACAGCGCACCUCAUAUCCUGCGGUGGAAGAAUGUCUUAAAACCCAGGGAGAUGACUUGGCUAGAGGGACAUCAGGUGCAGAACCAAGUUGUGUUGCCUGCUUCAGCCUAUGUUUGUACGGCCAUUGAAGCUGCGCAGUCCCUCGCGGGUGGUAAAGAUAUCCAGCUCAUUGAGCUUAGCAACUUCCACAUCCACAACGCCAUUACAUUUGACCAGAACGAUGCUAGAAUUGAAGUUCAAAUCGAGCUCUCCCAUGUACGAGUCAAGGGAAGGCACGUCCACGCUACAUUUACCUAUUCUGCCGGACUGGGUGACGAGACAAGCGAUCUUGCCCUUGCCGCCAAUGGUGAACUCAAAGUUCUCCUUGUUGAUGGUGCACCAUCUCUUGCGCUGUUUCCGGAACGUCAGGAGCCACCGCCACACAUGAUUCCAGUUCAACCUAGCCGACUGUAUGACUUCAUGAAGGGCUUGGAAUAUGACUUCUCGGGACCGUUCCAAUCCCUGACCAAGCUCGAGAGGAAUCUGGGCAACGCAACUUGUAUUGCUAAAAAAUCAAGGACAUUGGUACCAGAUGCUGAUCAUCUGAUGGUUCAUCCCGUUGACCUCGACGCCGCCUUCCAGUCUGUUAUGCUGGCCUACAGCUAUCCUGGAGACGACCAAUUGCGCUUACUACAUCUACCCACAAGCAUCGCAAAACUCCGCGUCAACCCCGCUGUGCUUGCUUCUCAGAAAUAUGCUGAAAGCGACACGACAGUUGUAGAUUCGACUUGCAGCACAGCGGAUCGGGCUGAGCCCGGAGAAGGCUUCUCAGGCAGUGUCAACAUGUACGCGCCUGGUCUGGACUACCCAGCUAUCCAGGUAGACCACGUCAAGUUCAAGCCUGUGGGAUCCGACGCCAAUAAUGAUCGCGACGUCUUUUACAAGAUGCACUGGGUGCCUAGUGCAGCUGACGGAACGCGUGCUGCAGCCGGCGUUCCCAUCACCGAGCGCGACCACGAACUCAUGUUUGUACUGAGUCGCAUUGCCGCCUUCUACCUGCGACAAUUCGAGGACCUGAUCCCCGAGGACCAUCCUGCGAGAUAUGAAAGCCCGCUCUGUCAUUAUAUGCGCUAUGCUCGACACAUGACGGGUCUUCUGAAGGCGGGAGAGCAUAGAUGGGCGCACUUGGAAUGGCUGAACGAUACGGAGCAAGACGUCUUUGACGACAUUGCUUCCAAGGGCUUCACGGAGAACUCUGAUGUCAAAAUCAUGCUUCUUGUGGGAGCCACCAUGCCACGUGUUUUCAAGGGCGAGACGACCAUGUUGGAGCAUUUCCGUACAUCUGGACUUCUCGAUGAGUACUACUCCAAUGGCUUUGGAACCAAGCAGUCUACCCUGUGGGUUGCCAGUGUCCUCAAACAACUGACAGACCGCAAUCCACAUCUUAGCAUGAUGGAGAUUGGUGCUGGUACUGGAAGUGCUACCAAGACGAUUCUGCAGUCUGUUGGUCAUGACUUUGCAAGUUACACCUUCACGGACAUCUCAUCAAGUUUCUUUGAGAAUGCGGCAGAGACAUUCUCUGACUACCAGGGUCGGAUGGUCUUCAAGGUGUGCAACGCUGAGAUUGACCCUGUUGAGCAGGGCUUUGAAGCAGGCACCUACGAUGUCGUCAUCGCAUUCAUGGUCGUUCAUGCCUGCGCGAAUCUCGAGGAAGCAGUGGCUAAUCUGCGAAAGCUGCUAAAGCCCGGUGGUUUGCUGGUCCUCGGUGAGGGUGCCAGUGAUGGCGCAAUGCAGGCUGGUGCGGGGUUCAUCUUUGGUACGCUUCCUGGUUGGUGGCGUGGUGUUGACGAAGGCCGUACGCUGUCGCCUUUGGUGAGCGUGUCAGAAUGGGAGGUCAUUCUCAAGAAGACCGGUUUUUCAGGCAUCGAUACCAUGUCGCCGCCUCAACUCUUCGACGCCUUCGGCAUUACUCUCUUUGUGUCGACUGCGUUGGAUGAGCGCAUCGAAUUCGCUCGCGAUCCUUUGAGAAAGAGUUCCAGCGCGGUGUAUAGCAAGGUCGUAGUCAUUGGCGGAAGCACCUCUACAAUCAUGAAGCUCGCUGGUGAGGUCCAAAGCAUCUUGGCGCCUUUGGCCAAACAGGUCAUGCUGUACGCAUCCCUCGAAGAUCUGGAUGACACCGUUCUCGACGAUGAGACUGUCAUUGUCAGCCUUGUAGAUCUGGAAGCCCCAGUAUUCAAGGACAUAACAUCAGAGAGAUGGUUCAAGUCCCGUCGGCUCUUUGAGACGAAGAGGGAUAUUCUGUGGCUUACCAGCGGCCGUCUAGAAGACGAGCCCUAUUGCAACAUGACAGUAGGGUUUGGCCGCUCCGCCAUGCACGAGGAAGAAACCCUACGCGUUCAAUACGUGGACGUGGCGAAUUCCAGCCAGCUCGACGCCCAGACCGUUGCGCAAUAUCUUCUUCGCUUCACGUCUUCUAGACUAGACAGUUCAGAUAUCCUUUACACCAAGGAGCCGGAAGUCAUUAUCGAUGCCGAAGGACGAGAGUGUCCAACCGGCUACCAGUAUCUCGUCCUGGGUUCCGACGAGUCCGGUGUCCAUAGACUCCGCAACAAUCAAUUCAAUCCGGUCACUCUCCUAGACCCACUUACCUAUCUAGAGAAUAUUAGCACUCUCUUCUCAUCUCAUAGCGUCGACACCGGCGCUCCCAAGACCCUGGCACAACAGGUUCUCAGUCGUGCUGUCAGCUCAAGCAAUGGUCGCGAAAUGUCUGCUCCAUCAGUACAAGUCGGUCUGGAAACACUUGCUCGCAGAGAACGUCCCGCGGACGCCUUGACGAUCAUUGACUGGACGAGCUCGAGCACCAUCCUUCCUGCACGCGUCACACGGUUCGAGAUAACUCAACUGUUCAAGGCCGACAAGACUUACUGGCUCGUCGGACUAUCAGGUGCUCUAGGAAUCUCACUUUGUGACUGGAUGAUUGAACGCGGAGUCAGAUACCUCGUGUUGACGAGCCGAAGCCCCAAGAUCGAUGCGCGAUGGAUACAGAAUCAUGAGAAGAAUGGUGUCUCAAUCAAAAUUCUGCUCUGCGAUGUAACCGACGAAGCCGCCAUCAAGGCCGUUCACAAGACAAUCGUUGACACACUCCCACCCAUUGUCGGCCUACUAAACGGUGUCAUGGUUCUCCGAGAUGUUUCAGUCCGCAAUAUGGAGUACUCACAGGUCACUGAUGUUAUCAGACCAAAGGUUCUAGGUAGUAUUCACCUGGACCGCAUCUUCCACGACGUAGAUCUGGACUUCUUCGUGCUCCUCUCCUCCAUAAACUGCGUCAUUGGCAACGUCGGUCAAGCCAACUACGCUGCCGCAAAUAUGGGCAUGAUAGGCGUAGCUGGCCACCGCCGCAAGCGUGGUCUCCGCUCCUCCGUCGUCAACGUCGGCGCUAUCAUUGGGGUUGGAUACAUCACACAAUCCGACCGACAGCUCGACGUGACGGUCGCCAAGACAGCCAUGAUGCAUUUGUCUGAGCAAGACUUCCAUCAAAUUUUUGCCGAAUGCAUGGAAGCUGGGCAUCUGGACAAUGACAGCGGUCCGGAGAUAUCUACAGGUCUGUUGCAAAUCACACAGGAUACUAUUGACAUCCCGCCAUGGUACUCUGAUCCCAAGUUCAAGCGAUUCCAAGUGCACCAGAGUGCUACUAGUGGUGGAAAGACAGAGGCGACAAAUUCGGCUUCGACGCAGGAACUUCUUUUGCAAUGUCGCUCCCAGUCCGACGUCACAAAUAUCAUCAGACAAGCGUAUUGCGCACAGCUCCGUCGGAUACUGCAAGUUUCGACCGCAGACGAAGAUCUGAUGAUGAUGCGGGGAGUCGAUCUGGGCUUUGACUCUCUGCUCUCCGUCGACGUACGCUCGUGGUUUCUCAAGAACUUCCGCGUUAGCAUCCCCGUGCUCAAGAUCAUGGCAAACGACGUACGGAUGUCAAGCCUGGUAGACUUGGCCGCUGAGAGCAUCCCCGCUGAACUGGUACCCAACGUCGAGGAACAGCAGCAAACAAGCCAACUGAGCACCCCGUCAUCAUCCAGCAGCGACGUAGAAACCGCAAGCACACGACCUACAUCUCCCGAAUCCGGUUCCCCAGGCACACCACCCCUUAUCAAAGAGGAAAAGCCACGAGCGGACACUCUCACGUCCAUCGACUGGGACCUAGAAACUACCCCACCCUCACCAUCCACUUUCCCGGAACUCACCUCGACCCCUCCUAAACUCAAUCCCGAAAUCGUCGUUCUGACAGGUUGCUCCGGCCUCCUAGGCCACCACCUCCUCGCCACCCUCAUUGCACAGCCCUCCAUCAAAAAGGUGAUCUGCCUCGCCACCCGCAAUCUCGCCUCCCGUCUUUCAAGCGGGGAACUCCCACCCGCCAGCGAUCGAAUCGAGUACCACGCCGGCGACCUCACAGCCGCAUAUCUCGGUCUCUCCCCUUCAACCUGGACAUCAAUCUUCCAACGCACCGACGCCGUAAUCCACAACGGAUCUGACACCUCGCAUCUAAAAUACUACUCUGCGCUCAAACUCGCCAACGUAGAGUCAGCCAAACAACUAGUAUCGACCUGUCUCCAGCGCCACAUCCCCUUCCACUACGUCUCCUCGGCCGGCGUCGCCUUGUUCGCUGAACGCGAGGCUUUCCCCCCUGUAUCCUGUACCGACACGGGAAAGAAACCCCCUGCCGAUGGCUCCCACGGCUACAUGUGCGGGAAGUGGGUGUGUGAGAAGAUGCUCGAGCGGGUAUACGAAACAUACAGUCUCCCCAUCGUUAUCCAGCGGCCCUCCACAAUCAUCCGAUCGGGCGACGACGCCACCGUCGCACGCGCGGGUUUCGACUGGGUUAAUUCGCUCCUACACUUUGCGCAUAAAACGCAGACGGUGCCUAGGGUGGACUAUAACGCCGGCGCUUUUGACCUUGUGAGCGUGGAUACGUGUUGUAGUGAUGUGGUGAGGGAGUUAUCGCGGGAAGGCAAGGAGGAGGGUAUUGCGUAUGUGAAUAACGUGGGUGAUGUUGUUAUUCCCAUGACACAGAUGGCGGAUGUGGGGUUGGAGAAGGUGGGAAGGAGGUACGAGGUGUUGGGUAUGGAGGAGUGGGUUAGGACGGUGGUGGAGGCGGGCAUGCAUCCCGCUGUUGCGGCGUUGAUUGAGACGUUUGAUGAACCCGGGGUUGAGAGGUAUCCGGUGUUGUUGAGGGAAUGAAUGGUGGAUGCUGGUGUGGUGUAGUGGUUAAGGGUGUGUGGGAUGGGGAUGUUCGAUAUUUUGAUAGGGGUGUUCUAUUGUAUCACUGUGAUGUCAGGGCGUUGGUAGUGGUGUAGGGUAGAGUUAGAGGUUAAAGACAUAUAGCUGUAUCACACAUCCUAUAAC